UUAUCGUCUCAAGAAACAAUAAAGCUUUCUAAACUACUUUCUUAUAUUUUGAGACAUGGUGCAGCAAAAGAAAAGCUGACCAUGACUUCAGACGGUUUUAUAUCUGUUAAAGACUUGUUGAAUCAUCGCAAGUUUAAGAACAUCACUUUUGAACAGAUCCAAUAUGUAGUAGAUGCGAAUGACAAGAAACGUUAUGAAUUAACACAAUCACCUACGGGUGAGUAUUUAAUACGAGCAAGCCAAGGCCAUUCUCUCAAAACAGUGGUAUCCAAAGAUUUGCUUGAAUCAGUCACUGCGCCACUAGAGACACCAGUCAUUCAUGGUACAACACAAGCAGCAUGGCAAACAAUCAAAAAAGAUGGCUUAUCCAAAAUGGGAAGAAACCAGAUUCAUUUUGCAGUGGGACUCCCGGGAGAUCCUAAAGUUCAGAGUGGCAUUAGAGAAACAAGCGAAGUCUUUAUCUACAUUGAUGUAGAAAAAGCUCGAAAAGACGGUAUUUUGUUUUAUAGAUCAAGCAAUAAUGUCAUUUUAUCCGAUGGCAUCCAAGGCAUUAUUCCCCUCAAUAUUUUGAAAAAGUAACUGAUACAGAAGGCAAUCUUCUUGAAAUAUAAUAAAUGUAUGCUUAAGCCGUUCAUUGUGCUUUUCUUUUGUACAAUUCUGUUUGUCAUCUUGAUUUGGUAACAAAGCAGCAC